UCGUGCUCACUGUUGAAAUGUACACACAUUUACUCUGUUAUGAACAGGUGACCAUGUAAUGACCCAUUUAAGCAAGAAUCAGACAGUGAGGGCUUUCAUAUGCACACAGAAUCAAGAAGAUAAGACGGAAACAUGAAUAAAAUUUUGGCCAUCUUAAGUUUGACUGCAUUUCUCUGCUGCUGUGGUGUGCAGAGUGCUGAAUCAUAUAAUGACUUGAAACAACAAAUUUACAACUCCGGGUCUGUAGUCUUUUUAGACUUUCUGAAGAAAGUCAGAACCGUUACAGAGAAAUUAGUGAGAGAUGAUCAGUUCAGAAAAUCAAGGAUUUCUAUCCAAGGACACAUGAAAUCCUUAAGAGAGUUUGCAAAACCACUGAAAAAUACUGAGAGUGAUAGAGGAAGCCAGGAUAAUUCAGCUAUAUUGCCACAGAGAGUUUUUACAUUAAUGACUGACGGUACAUUUGGGGCAACAAUCCGGGAUGUCUUUGACAGAUUUUUCACUUCUUAUAUGAAGAUUUACCGUGAGACCUUAAAAGACGAGACCAUGGCAGACAUCUGGAAAGAAGUGGAGUCAAACUAUCUUCCAGGAGCUCCUCCAAUCUACAGUAAACCCAUGCAGUUCUUCAGUCACCUUCUGGCCAAGGCAGUGGUGAAGUCCCAGCUGGUGAACAUGCUUGAUGCUGGGGUGAAUACUGUUGUGGAGAUUGGAAAAAUAGAUUUUAACCAACUUCAUGAGGAAGUGCAGAUGGUUAUGAAUCAGAUUAGACAGAAGGCCUUUGAAAUUUCAAUUUUGGAAAGACAAAAAGAGAAGAAUGAUUUCCUUGUAUCAUUAAGAACUGCAUCUGGACUGAUUGUUUUUUACUGGGAUAAAGGUUUGGAACACUUCGAAAGCCCAGCGUUCUAUGUAGAAUUCAUGGAUUCUCUGAAGAAAUGGGCAGAGCUAACCAAGUUAGAAAACCCAAGUGAAACUUAUCAUGCACUUUUACAACUGAAUACAUGGCAUGAUUUGUCGAAUUGGAUGGAACGUUAUUAUGGUCAAUUCUUUAAGGCAGCGGCUGAGGAAUAUGUUAAUUGUGGAAGUGCAGUUCUUGGUUUCAACAGAUUCAGUCAGUCCAACAGGGCUGUUGCCAGAGGCACUAUCGUUUACUCUCUUCAUGUUUAUAAAAAACUGUCCGAAGUUGGCUUUGGGAUUUCUGAGAUCAACAGGUUUCUUCACCGAGUUCGACACAUAAGCCUUACACUUGAAGGGAACGAUAUAUACUCUAACGAGAAAACAAUUUUGGAGAGAUGCAUUCAUUCAUUAUUUGCUAUACCUGAAGAUGUGAUUGAAAAGGUGAAGCAAAAACAUGGCACAGAUAACCAACUAUUACUGCCUUUGCGAGUAAUUAGGACAGUGUUCCUAGAAAUAUGGACCAAUCUUCUCGCAGUGGAGGAUUUUUUGUACGGUCGUACUGAAUACCAGCAACCACAGAGCAAAUUGAAUCAUGCAAGGAACAUCGCCAUUAAUGAGUUAUUGAAAAGUAACGUAUUUACUCGAAAGCAGCUUGAAGAAGCACCAAAGAACUUUGUUCAAGCCGUUCGCCAGAUCCUGGAGAAACUGAAGCAGUACACCGAUCUCGUGGAUGGCUUUGAUGAAAUAAUCGAUCCAACUGUUUUAGCCUUGGAGAGGACGAUGCAUCGCGCAGAUCUCAUGUUUCAUGAUGUCUGGGACAUGCUGUUCGAGUAAACUCUACAUUUGCUGCUGGCAAUAAACAGGAUUAUAUCAGCAAUGUAUUAACUGUACCAGCCUCUGAAAGAAUACUGCAUUAGUAAAUGCUGAGUAAAAUAAAUACCACUGUAGUUGUUCUACUGUAAUGCUAUGUUUUCACCAAAACAGGAUUUGUUGCAUUUUGUUUUAAACAUUUUUAUCCUCCAGCAUCUUAACACAUUCAUUAAAAAAAGCUCAGUGUCUUAAUAUCAGUAACAUCUGGAUCUGUUUUCAUUUGUUAACACUGAAGUGCGAAUUAAAUAAAAAUGUGUCUAUGCAAUAUGUGAGAGCAUAAAAUGAUAGAUCAGAACAACUACAAAGCAGAUUUCAUACUGGGAUAUAUUGGUGAAUUAUAUUUCUUCUCCACUGGCCACUUCAAAAUGUGGAAUCAUUUUAUAUUCAAACAGGGCUGGUAAAUGAUUAAUCGCGAUUAAUCGCAUUCAAAAUAAAAGUUUGAGUUUGUCUAAUA